UUUUUAUUAUGAAUAAAUAUUCAAUCUUUAAAAUAUCUAAAAUGCUUCCUCCUCCACCACCUCCAAGCGAAGAUCUUGAUGUUUAUGGAAAUUUAACAUUGUCCCAAUUCUUUGAUGAAAUUAAAAAGUUUACUGAAUCACAAGUUCAAUUUGUUAGUUCUGGAUAUUUGCAAAUCUUUAACUGUUUUGCGAAUGUUGGUGAUGAUGUUCUAAAUAUGCAGAUACCUGAAGUUGUUCAACAUUAUCGUGCUUUGGAUAAAAUUGAAGUUGUGGAAAGAACUCGACGAAAUUUGGAAAGGGGGAUGAAACCAGCUGCGAGACGGGAACCUAAAAAGGCUGAAGGAGGAGGAUAUUAUUUUACUGUAAUUUUAUUUUUUGAUAUUACUUUGAUAUUUCAAGGAUUUUUGGGUGCUUGGUAUUACAAGCUUUUGGUAUUAUAA